GAGAAAAAGCAAGAUGUGAGAUGCAACUACGUAAUGAGGGGUGAGGACGGAGCACGACCGGACCAGAUGCGCCGCCGGCUGCCAGGGGGGGCUCUAGGUACUUCGUAUUUGGGCUUGGGGCUUGGGCUGGUCGACCUGGCCGCGUCUACCUGCGAGGUACCUCUGGGUACGUUCAGCGCUGCACCCAUGUCAGGUCAGGUACCUCUCUCUCUCUCUAGGCAGCCUGGAAGCGUCCCCCUUCACCACCCCUCUACCAUACCAACAACCUGCUUCACCACCCAGCUAUCAUCUCACCCGCUCUACCACUCACACCCACCGCCCACCACCCAUGGGUUUUGUCCCUCUCACCACGGCGGCAUCCCCCCUCCCCCCCCUCUGCUGCCCACCGCAGCUCCUAACAGCCCACUGCUGCGACGCUGAGGGCGACGCCCAGCGCCGGAAGAGGGAUGGCCCCGCGGAUCUCUCCCGCUUUGCCCGUUCGCCCGCCCGCCCCGCCGGCGCAGACUUUCGAAAUCUGGUCUCACCUAGACCCGCCUGGCUCGCAGUCGCCUGGGCUAGCUGCAGGUCCGCUGGCCUGGUUGGGCGCGUUGGGGCCCGGGUACUUACGCAGACCUGUGUCAGCAAUCUGCUGGGUACCGGUGCAGCCGCCAUGGCCACUGACAGACGUUGGUUAGUAACCGGUUCUUCGAGAGCCCGCGCGAUGGAGCGCGCGCAGCGACAUGGACGAAUCUACCCGUACCGGAACCGCCCCGAUACCUACAUAACAGCUGAGCCGACGGCGAGACGAAGAAAUACACCCAAUUCGCGUCUCUAUCCGAUACCCUUCUACGUACACCCAUGCAGACGCCUCGAUCUCGCCCACCCCCCAUCGAGAGAGAGAGGAGCUGCUCCAGCCCAGCCGUACCUCGUCCUGCCCCCAUCCAUACCGAUACCUGCCGCUACAUGCCUCUACCUACAGGCCGUACACGCUUACCAACACCGGCACGCACAUAAUACGCACCCACACAUAUACAUAUAUGCCUACGCAAGUAUAGAUAUAUAUACUUAUAUAUAUACCGGUCCACAUCCGCUUACCGCAUGUGAACGUACGGUUAAUACCCGUGUAUGUGCUGUAGGUGGUAUAGACGUGUGUGCUGCGUGUGCGUGCGUGUGUAUAGUGUGUCUGUGUGAGUGUGAGUGUGUGUGGUGCGUUUGUACGGCGUAAGUAUCUGGUAUCUACCUACCUACCUCUUUACCUACAUAUUUACAUGCCUACAUCCGAUCUCCCAAUCACUUCGCAGAGAGAGAGAACC